UAUGCUGCUGCAGAGAACAGAACACUCAAGCCAUGCUCAAGCUAGCACAUUUUGCUCGCGGCUCCAGAAAACACUAUUUUCCAAAGUAUCACUGAUCGCUCAAAUUUAUCAAUGUUUCUUACAUACAAUGGAAGAAUGAAAGAGGUUGAAUGAUAUUAAGAGAUAUCUUCAAUGUCUUAUACAACUCAGCACUAAGUUUUCAAGUGUUUUCUGUGCAAUUAUGUCAAAUUACUUUGAUGCUUGGGAAAUCAAUCAGUGCUCACCACGCACAAUAAUAACUUACAAGUACAGGAUGAGCAUUGGCAAUACAACCUCGUUUGUGGUAUGCACAUGACCAUACUAUACUGAGUACAGUUGGUUGCAAAAUCGCGCCUUAUCCGUAUAGGCAUCCCUUAACCUGCAAAAUGUUCCCCGCUUCCCACCUUUCAGGAUAAUAAGGUCAUAUCAACACCGCCAUCAUCGUCAUCAUCAUCAUCUUCUUCUGCUUCUUCUUCAUCAUAACAAUAUCAUCAUCGGCCAAAGCCCAUACCACAACAAUCUCUCGCGACCGCUCAGCAUGGCCUCCGAGAAACCUCUAACCAGAACCUAUCAAUUCCAUCUAUACUCCUACUUCCGCUCGUCUUGCGCCGCCCGCCUCCGCAUCGCUCUUAACCUUAAACAAAUCCCCUAUACAACCACCUUCAUCAAUCUCCUCAAGGGUGAACAGCUCUCCCCAACUCACCGCGCCCUCAACCCCUCCGCCUCCGUCCCUGUCCUUAUCGUCACCACAGAGGACCCCUCGCCCGCCACCGAGGCUACCACCAGUAACCAAACUCAACUCCUAUCCAUCGGCCAAUCCAUCGCCGCACUCGAAUACCUCGAAGAACUCUCUACAAAUGCCACAAAUACGAAUCUAGACAACGGAACCCCCCUCCUCCCCCCCGCUUCCUGCCCGGAAAAGCGUGCCCGCGUCCGCACCCUCGUAAACAUCAUUGCCUGCGACAUCCAGCCCGUCACAAACAUGCGCAUCCAGCAGCGCGUCAAGGCCCUCGGCGCUGAUAAUACCCUCUGGGCCCGAGAGCUGAUGGAGACUGGCUUCGCGGCGCUAGAGGCGCUAAUGCAAUCUUGCGCGGGCACAUAUGCGGUUGGUGAUGCGCUGUCGUUGGCGGAUGUGUGUCUUGUGCCCGCGGUGUGGGGGGCGCAGAGGGUUGGGAUGGAUUUGGGGGUGUAUCCGACUGUGAAGCGGGUGUUUAAGAAGUUGGAGCUGUUGGAUGGAGUGAGGAGGGCGCAUUGGAGUAGGCAGCCCGAUACGCCGGAGGAGUUGACGGCGGUGGAUUGAGCGGUUAGAAAAACAUGUAACGUAAUCCACCACCAACUCAUACACCUCUUUACUAUUUGAUAACUCUAUAGUCAAAUGUCACAAAAAUCACAAAGAAAAUCAAGUUAGUUGUAUUAAGAAGUAUUUUCUGUAAAUCUAGAGUGUAUAUAAACAGUAUAUUCAAUAAUUUCAUAUACACUACACUGAGAUACUGCAUGUUUUUGUGAUUGAAACUGAAUAGUUUUAAUCAGUUUUUGAUUCUCAUUGAUUGAUAUUUUAUAUAUAACUCAAGACUUCUUCAAUCUUCAAAACACUCUCUUGAGUUAUAAUUAUG